AUUUCUAUCGAACUGGUACUGGUUCGCUGUCAACCACUAGUUCGCACGAGAGCUCCGACCAAUACGUAUUUACGUGAAAAACUUGUAUUUAAUUUGGAGCCAUAUCACAGGAGAGACAAUUCCCAGCAGCGACUGAAAAUUGAACGUUAAGCAGCGAGCACAGAAGCCACUUCACCAUGAGCACACCCACCGAUCAAACACCGCGCUCCGAAGGCGCCGAGACCAACAGCUCCGAAGGAUCCGCACAGCAGCAAUCCCAGCCACAGAGUGCGCCGGCCAAGCUCAUCCAGCAUUUCCAGACAAACCGCAUCGAUUCUGCGCUCUGGGCCUUGCGCCUGCUGGUCGUCUUCUUUACGGUCAGCUACGUGCUGCCCAUCUUCACCUCACAACAAAGCGCAUUUAGCAAGGUCCUGCUGGCCAAUGCGGCCAUCUCUGCCCUGCGUUUGCAUCAGAGGGUGCCCGCAUUCUCCUUCAGCCGGGAGUUUCUGGCCCGACUCUUCGCCGAGGACUCGUGCCACUACAUGAUGUACUCACUGAUCUUCUUCAACAUCCGGCCGACGCUGCUGGUUCUGAUCCCCGUGCUGCUGUACUCGGUGCUGCAUGCUUCCAGCUACUCGCUCAAGCUGCUGGAUCUAAUUGGACAGAACUCGUGGUGGGGUGCCCGUUUCAUCAUCUCCAUUGUGGAGUUCCAGGCGGCCAAUAUCCUGAAGGCCACUGCGUUCUGCGAGAUAUUCAUUAUGCCAUUCGCCAUUGUGCUGACCUUCAUGAGCCACGCAGGACUGAUGACCCCGAUUAUCUACUAUCACUAUCUAGUGAUGCGCUACAGCUCGCGUCGUAAUCCCUAUCCGCGCACCGCUUUCGCCGAGCUCCGCAUAACGUUCGAGGCGCUGGCCGCCCGCUCGCCGCAGGCCGUGGGCAAGAUCAUCCGCGGAGGCAUUGGGUUUGUAAGCCGCCUGGCACCGCAGCCACAGCCGGCACCGGCGCAGCAGUAGGAGAGGACAACCUGUUGGCCGAAGACAACAAUCAAAUGACAUCUGAAUAAGCCUAUUUAAAUACCAAUCCACUUACAUACACGUUCACACAGGAGAUUGGGGUUCAUCCGUCUUAUUUAUUAGUCUAAAUUCGUUGCACCAUUUUAAAUGUAGGCAGUUGAAAGCCUCGAUUUUUACACGGAUUGUUUCGGCAUUUAAGUUUAAAUUUAAAUACGUAUUUUUUGUAAUUUUUGAGUACAUUUUGCUAUUUUAGAUCAUAUAUAAUAUUGUGUUGCCGCGCACUAAGCGCACCAUUGGGGAUCAACAUUCAAGGCGCGUAUUAUUACCAUUAAAUCCAAACAAACUAGUUUAAUUUGUUUUGCGUUAAUUUAUAUGUUGAUAACUCUAAUUAAACUCCAAACC